GUCGUCUCCUGUCAAGACUGCCAUCUCAAGCAAAGACGACUCGACAUUGAUUGACCGCACGAAUUUACCUCGUUGUCCUGUAGACAUCCAUCAUAGCCCGCGUGCUUGCUGUCGCCUCAAUAGGUCGACUUCCAUUGAGCCUUGGAAUAUCACGUUGAGACAUGGAUUCCAUAGCAAUGUCGGGCAUCAUUGCUGCAUAUCAAUGUAACUUUCGACGAGCUCAAUAGUCCGGGGAGUUUGCAGGAGAACGAAUGGUUUCCCAGCUUUACUAUCCGUAUUCGACCUAUGUUCUGCUCUAAGCAAGAAAAAGGAAUGGCACACACAAACACACACAAACACACACAAACACACACUUCACCCACUCACUCAAAGUGCCCAAUAUCUGCAUGCUGGUCGAAAACUUGUUUCAUCCACCUUCAUCGAAAGCAUAAAAUGCAGCACAUUGAGCCACUGGAACAGAUUCACUCAGCCAGAGGGAAACGUACGUCAAAACAGAACCCCGACCAUGACGUGGAAAGCUUUAACGCCCGCAUCAAAAUGAAUGUGAUGCCAACACUCAGUAUUUCGGCGAUAAUUUUUGUCGAUAUCACGGCGUUAAGCACUCCACCAGUCCGCUAUUAUCUGCGGGGCUGCGCAUACCACACUCUCCACUCAGAAUCACUUCCCAGUUGCCAGCCACGAAUUUACCAGAAGCAAUUCUUUCAAAUCAUUCAGAGUCGUGGAACCAAAAGAAAUGGCAAAACGCUACGCACGACAUGUGCAGGAUUUGAACCUACGAGGCCGAAACCAUAAGAUAACCGAAUUGUUCAUUCAAGUCUUACCCAUUAACCACUCUGGCAACAUGCCGAAUUGAAAGUUAUUACUAAUACCCCAAGUUAGAAACUUAUUAUACCAGCGGAGUCUGCACCAUGAAGGCUCCGCAUUGGCAUGAGAACCCAACUCUAUUAGCCUGCCGGCACAAUGUCACAUCAACGAUAUCUUGCGGGCCAGGAAGAAGCUGAGUGGGCCAUAAAAACUUCUGUUCUCUAAGAGACAUCGACCCUAGAUCCCAAUUCCACACCAAAAUUGAUCAGGUCGUGGUAAACUGUCAAUAUUGAUGGCAAGCCCUCAAUCACACUGAACCACAACCCAUGAUUUCUGCAAGACAACCCUAUUCUUUGGAUUA